CAAAGUAAUUUAUGGACUUCGUCGCUGGAUUUCAAGCCUUUCGUUUGUUAAUAUUGUACUAAAUAUAUAAAAAUAUGGAAAAUGGCUUGAACUUAAAUUCUUCAAACUGUGGUCAAAAGGAGACGAGACAAGGUCUGAACGCUUCGCCAAUGGAUAUGAACAGCCUGCCUCAAGUUGUGCUCUUGAGUAUCAUGUCGUAUUUAGAUGUGAAAGAUUUGGGCCGAGCUUCUUGUGUUUGUAAACGUUGGUAUAAUUCAACUCUAGAUCCAAGCCUUUGGAGAAUACUGAAGCUCCCGAAAAGGCAAAAGGUGGACGAUGAAGUUCUUAUUCGAUUAACAAACUAUGGAUCGACUGCUACUGUUUUAGAUGUUUCAGAAUGUGCUAACAUCUCUGAAGAGGGUUUGAUCAAGGCUCUGCAACAGUGUCGGUAUUUAGUCGAAUUAUCUGUUGUAAGAUGCUCGGCUGUGACUGAUAAAUGUCUCACUGAAAUUGGACAGAGUUGUCAGAACAUUAAGUUUUUGGACAUAAGCUUGUGUCGUGUGACAGACUGUGGAGUCAAAGAGGUGAGUUUAAUUUCACAUUUUGCGCACAAAUUAUUUUUCAACUUCUCUUUGUUCAUUGACCCCGGUUAAAUGCAAUUUUAGGAGUUCAAAGUUUUAUUACAUUCCGGUUAUUACUGUUUUUAUUUUUUCAGCUUUGUCAAGGUUGUGUCAAAUUAGAGAAACUCACGAUGGACCAAUGCCGCUCCCUUACUUGUGAAAGCCUUUUUGCAGUUGCACAAAAUUGUCCAAAAAUUAAAAGCAUUUCUGUAGAGUACAACAGUAAAUGUGAAGAUGCUGGGGUCUGUGAACUUGUGCAAAGAUGUCCACUGCUUGAAAGACUUCAUCUUAACUCCUGUACAAUUACUUCGAAGACAGCACUCCACAUUUCACAAUACUGUAGGAAUAUGUCUGUUUUGGAUCUCCGUUGUUUUUCAAGUCUCACUGAUGAUGUGGUGAAGGAAGUAGUGUUUGGUUGCAAAUAUCUUAAAGUCCUAAACUUAAGUCUGUGCACUAAUGUGACAGAUUCAUCUUUAGAAUAUAUUCUUUCAAAUUGUGCUUCUUUAAGAGGAUUGUACCUGGUGCACUGUGAAAUUACUGAUGAUGGUGAGUAGUUUAACCCUUUACACCCUAACAUCAGUAUGCAUAUUCUCCAUACCAUUUACUAUACAUUUCCUUAGCACUGAAAAGGAGAAUUUGUUCAACAAUCAAGAGCAUCUUAACUUGGUGAUCAUUUAAUUUGAUCAUUUAAUUUAUUCUUGUAACCUUAAUACGUAAUUUAGGGGUGAUAUUGUAAGGAGAAAUAGCAGUAACAAAUAAUUUUCAAAUUUGUAGAUGAAAAUGUAAUCCCUGACACUUGUUUGAAAUUACAUAUUAAGUUUCAUGUUUUAAAAAAGUACAGCUGUAACAUUGUACGUGGUGUGACAGUUUCAAAGAAACACAUUUUUCACAGUGAGACUUUAAAAGGGAAGACCACACAGGAAUGACAAACCUUCAGACCCAGGAUGUAUCCUACCAUAGUAACUAUUUGGUCACAUCAAUUAUUCACCAAGCUUGUUUGUAAUUCUAUCAUUUAGGAUUGAAGGCCUUCACUUAUCACACUUGUAACCUGGAGAGAUUGGACAUAAGUUGGUGCAAAAAGAUUACAGAUGAAGGAGUCAAAACUGUCUUAAAAGGAUGUCCUCACCUUAAACAUUUAGGUGUGUAACAGUACCAAUGCCUGGUAAAGUUUCCUCUUUAGUCUAGAAGUCUACAAGUGCCAUUGAGGUUUUGACUCGUGUUGGUGGACAUCAUGAGUAUUUGGCAAGAUUUUCCAGAAAUGUUUUUUGCAUGGGUUUGACAGACUCUGAAGCUAUAAAGGGUAACCUGUUUUGAAGCAUAAUUGUUCCAUCUUUAUAAGAGAAAACUUGUCGACUGCAUUUUGUAUAUUAUGGCCUUGCAAAUGUCUGUAAGAGACAAUAGCAGUUGGAGCAAGAAACAGUUAAUGCAUUCUUGUCCAUUAUGUUACUUGGGCUUUUUUUUUAAUUUUUUCUUCGUAAAGUUAUUCAAUAGGAUAAUUUUCAAAACUGAUAUCUGUCAGGCAAUGAUAAGGAUCUCUGCAUGUGGGAUGUAAAGAAGGAAGGCUACCUUAUAUUAUCAUUGCAGGUGUGAGGAGUAGUUUGUUAAAUGGCAGUGUGGGAGUUCAACAUUACUUCCAUUGUUGAUUUUUGUGUUUGCAUGAUUGUUUUAGGACUUGUCAGAUGUGAUCAAGUCAAUGAGAAGACAGUUCUACAACUGAAUCAACACUAUCCUCAUGUCUUCCUCAGCACUGUUACAACAGAGAUGAAGCUCAUGUGUGAGAAAGCUGGCUUCCCAGACCUUUGUAAACAAUGAAAACUUUUGCAGUAAGGCUUUUUAACAUAAGGUUGAACACUCACUGGGAGGAAAGAUUUGGAAUGAUCUGUUUUCUGUCAGAUAGAGAUGGCCUAUUUCUUUCUAAAUGCAGUGAAAAGCUCAAAAGCCAUGUUUAGGGCAAGCAUGGAUGGCAAGGUAUACAUACAACAAAUUUAUUGAAUCCAGGAAAAUUCUCCAAGUCACACAAGGGGACUUUUUGCAUUGACUCAUCAUUUAUAUAAGAGGUUGGGCUGAUAAGACCCAUCAGAAAACAAAACAUAAUCUAUGAACUCUCCUAAGGAUAAGAAAAAGAGACAUGACUUCUCUAAAAACACACUUUAAAAAAAGAUAGCCCCCACUCCCAAACAACAGGCAUACGCAUUCAACCUUAAAUACUUAUAGUAAUAAAAAAUCGCACAAUCUACAUAUAUGAGUAAUAGAAACUAAUGCAAGCUAAUGUGAUUAUUAAGUUUUUGUAAGUCUGUAUCACUAGAUUUAUUAUAAAGGAAAGUCCUCAGACAGCAAAUCCAAUGAGAAGCAUUUAUUUAAGUUGCCCCACUAAUCUUGUUUUGGUAGACUGUGACUGUUCCCCACAUUAGCUUUAAACAGCGAUAGAUGAACUCUAAGGGCUGAUUAUUUAGUAAUACAGGAAGUUUAACCCAAAGCAUAGUUUCUUGUAAGAGAUGGGCCUCAGGUAUUGUCCAUAAGACGAUUGAUUUAAUUAAAUAUAUGUUACUUCCACUGUCAGCUUUUAGCCCUCUUGACACUCUUCACAAAUACGAAUGAUCAGAUAAAAAGGUUUGACUAAAUUGAAGAUCAUUUAGAGUAUGGUUUUGUUAAACAACAGCUGAACUUUGUUUAAAUAACCUGUCAUUAGGGUUUCUGAGGCUGGCAAUCAUAUACCAUUCAUGCAGGGAGUACUGACUGCUUUUGUUAAAAGUAAAAUAAGAUAGCCCCUCCUCUUUGUGAGAAGAUUUCCUGAUUAACUCCCAGACCCCUCCCCAAAUGACUGUCCAUUCCUGCCAGCCCACUCCCUGGCAUAAAAUAAUGAAAGGUCCCCCAGUUUAGGAAAGUUUGAACGCAAAGGCUCCUGGGUUUUUUCUUUUUAGUGUUGUUGUAAAUCAAGAAUUCUUGCUUUUAUAAAUAUAUAUAUUAAUUUACUUAGUUGUAUAAUUCUUAAUUUUUAUCCACUGACAUUGUACACAGUUUUUACA